UUACAGCAGUUGCUGAACUAUAAAUUUCACUUCAAAUUACUGCUUUGUAUCAAACUUGAAAAGCUCCAUUCAUGACAGUAAUUCAUCAAUCUGCAUUUUUUUAUCAAUGCUCCACAACCAUGUGAAGAAAUUCUGUUAAAUGUUGUGUCGGUUCUAAAUACAAUCUUUGCAAGCAUUGUCAUGUUGGUACUUUUUUUAGUAGUGGUGGCGAAGUGCAAGUAGAGAUAAUAUGCUGCGUUUUGCGAUUAGUAUUAUUCUUUCCUUUAUACGGCUCUUAAAGCCCACUUUCGAACUGCUGUCUAUUCAUGUAAAGACAAAAAUGUCGUAGACGUAGAUCUAUUUAUGGUCCAUCUCAUACAAGGCACGGACUUCGAGUCUGUGUCUGAUUAACAGUUUCUGGUAUGAAAUGAACACUUUAGAGUAAAACGGAAAAAAUCAGCUCUUUCGGCCUUUUUGAUGCCAAAGAACCGAUAGUUUCAGUUGUGCUUUCGUUUAAUGGCUGCAAAGUGACUGCACUAUUGCAGGCAGAAACAAUUUGUCGGGAGAACAAAUACUUUUGUUCCUUUUGGUCAUUCAAAGCAAUAAGCGCAAAAUAUGGCUAUGUGACUAAUAUUUUAAAAGAUCAAAAGAACCAAACGGCUUAUGCUGAAGAGAAUAAAUUUUGUUGUCAUGCUGAUACUUGAGUUGAUGUAUUUGUAUUGCUCUUUCUUACAUAAUAAACCGAAGCCAAACCGAAUAUUCGAAAUGACGCUACGCGUACCUAUUUUAAUGUGCAUAUGGUUUUGAUAAUGGACAUUAACAUUACAUCAAGUUCUUUCUAAUGGAAAAACAAUGGCGAUUUUAUAACAAACUAAAAUUUAUGAUAUUUAUAUUAAGUAUUUUACGGCUAUUAACCAAAGAUUCGGAACCAGAUGUUCACCUCUAAUGAAAAAGGAAAGAAAAAUGAAUUUGUCAAUCGUAGUAAGGCUGCGCGUGAUAACAGAAAUUUGGAGAGGCAGAAAGAGAAAGCUGCCGUCCAAAUUCAAGCUGUUGCAAGAUGUUUUUUGGUGAAAAUGAAGCUAAGACUGCAAUAUUGCAAUGAAAUAGAUGAGUUUUUUAAUAGUUCAAGAAAGACAAAACCAACAGGCCUGGAAAUUUUUCACUUAACAAGGAAAGCCAUGUUUGUUUUUAAUGAAGAAAAAGAUAAAGAGAGAUUUCAGUUAUUUUGUAAAACAUAUGUGGAAAGUAUGGAUGAACAAAAUCCCAAGUUGUGGUAUAUUUAUCCAACAUUUACUAAAGAUUGGGCUCAACUUUGGAUUAGACAAGUGCAGAAAAUUCUUGUCGUCUGUUCUAAUUAUCUUAAAAAGCUCAAGCCCAGAUCAGGAAGCGAUAGCAAACUUAUCAACAUCUAUUUAAGCAUGAUUGCUAAAUUUACUGAUUGUAAAUCAUGGAACAUUUUCUUACUAAAAGGAGGUGAAAAAUGGAAGCCUACUCUUUACCUACUGUGCAAGAAUCUAUUGAAUCAUUUAGAAAACAAUGGUCUAUAUUCUUCCUUGAAGGAAGUUCUGAUGCAAGGUUUAUGUUGCAAUGAUCUAGUCCUUAGGCCGACACAGCUUUCCGCCAUCUUAACUUUAUCGUUGAGAGUUGCAGAAGGAGCUAGUUUUAAUGAUAAAACAAUGAAAUUGUUUCUUAUUAAAAUCGUGAGUGUUCCUGGGUUAUUUUUGCACUGUUCGAGCAUAUCUCCACAGACUUUGGACCUUUUAAAGGAGUGCAAUAUAUUGAAUCGUAUCUUAACGUUUUUGAACUCUGGCAAUAACUGGAGUGAUAUUUUUGAAUUAUUACGGGGAAACUAUUCUCUGUGUCUUCUUGCGAAUCUUAUUUUCUUAAUUGAUGUGGAUAAGGAGGCGUUCAGCUCAAACAUUCCUGAAUUUUUGACUGUAGUUACGAAAAUUCUGAUCGAUGUACGGUCUCUAAUUUCUAAAGACAAAUCUUCUCUGGCUACAUGGCAUCCUAUCUUUGGUUGGUAUAAAGAGAACUGUGAUUCACUCUUGAAUGUAUCCAUUCUUCACGUAAAUAAAGAACUUCAAGUUCUUUGGAAACGAAGUACUAUUGAAAUCCUGUUUCAAUCUCUUCCACCCUUGCAAAUGGAGUCGGAAAAACAAACAGUGAAAAACAAAGAUGGUAGAAGGAAACUUCUAGCUCGACUUAUAUCUGGCAAGUUUACAUCAAGACAAGAAGCAAAUCUUUCCUCGCCUUCAGUUGUUCAAAUACGUAAUACGUGUUUCAUGUUUGAACUACUAUUGAAUUCUUUAUGCCAGUUAAAAAUGGAUAUUCUUACUGGCCUUAGUUUCAAUGAGGAAUUCCUACUGCGUUUAUUAAAGUUCCUUCAAGAGUUGGGUCCCGAUGGCGGCCUCAACUUGAUACUCAAUUUUGUCUCGUCCGAACAUGGUAAAAUAUCAACAUCCAUUCAAUCAUUGCUCAUCCUGUUUUGUGAUUGCUGCAGUCAUCUACUACCUCUUGUAGACGACUUUGAAAUGUAUGAUCAACAAAAACCGUUCAGUCUUGAAGAUCUCACGGCUUUGUCGGGAUUUUUAAACACACUUACCUACAAAUUACUUUGGAACAAGUCUAUGAAUAAACAAAAUUCCGAGUCAAUGAAUGCACUUGAUACCUCGGAAUGUCUCCUGUCUUCAGUCUACACUCUUCUCAUGUUGAUUUAUGAUAGAGACUCAAGAAGGCAGUUCACACCUGAGAACCAUUGGUUGAUAAAGGAAUUAAAAAUGAGUACAUUCAAGUCGAAUUUGUCUUCAAAGAAACCCAGAGCUGUUGAAAUACUUAAAAGGAUUCCUCAUGUAAUCUCCCAUCAUGAGCGUGUAAAGAUCUUUCGUGGUUUCGUUGAAGAAGAUAAAAAUUUGCUGGGACUAUCAAUCGAUCAUAAUGACUUCAGUUCAAGCUGUAUGUUUGUAAAAGUUCGGAGAAAUGCUCUUUUGGAGGAUGGAUACAAGCAGCUGUCAAAAAUUCCAAUACAAAAAUUGAAAGGAACGAUCAAGAUAAAAUUUGUAAACGAAUAUGGUUUGGACGAAGCUGGUAUUGAUCAGGAUGGCGUUUUUAAAGAGUUCCUGGAAGAAACGAGUAAACAGGCAUUCAAUCCUCAUCUUAAUUUGUUUAAGUUAACUCAAGAUCAGCGACUUUAUCCAUCACCAACCUCAUGUAUCCAUGACAAUCAUCUUGAUUUGUUUGAGUUUGUUGGCAAAAUGUGGAAAGCCGUUUAUGAAGGCAUUGUCGUUGAUGUACCGUUUGCACCAUUCUUUCUAAGUCUUAUGCUGUCACGACGACAUAAUGCAUUUUACAGUUCUAUUGAUGAACUACCGUCAAUGGAUCCAGAUCUUUAUAAGAAUCUAAAUUACGUUAAGAAAUAUGAAGGUGAUGUUAUAGAUUUGGGAUUGACGUUUUCUUUUGACGAAGAAGUUUUAGGCAAGAUCAUCACUCACGAAUUAAAACCUGGCGGAAGAACAAUAGAUGUGUCUAAUGAAAACAAAAUAAGCUACAUCCACCUUAUGGCGAACUACAAGAUGUGUGUUCAGUUACGAGAUCAGAGUCGAGCCUUCUUCCGCGGUUUUCGCGAGUUCAUCCAACACGAUUGGCUUAAUAUGUUCUCUGGUCCAGAACUCCAGAAACUCAUUUCUGGUGACAGCACUACGCUGGAUGUGGCAGACUUAAGGGCUAACACGACGUAUUAUGGUGGUUAUCACAACAAACAUCGCGUUGUCAACUGGCUUUGGGAAGUUGUGGAGAAAGACUUUAACGAAAAGGAAAAGGCCGCUUUUUUAAAGUUCGUCACCAGCUGCUCAAAGCCACCUUUACUAGGCUUCGCCCAUUUACGUCCAGAAUUUACUGUGCGUUGUGUUGUUGCGACUGACGAUGAGGACGAAGGUGAUUCAGUUGGUAGUGUUGUACGUGGAUUUUUUAACAUCGGACGUAGGAAGGUUUCUACAGAACGACUUCCAACAUCAUCAACUUGUUUCAAUCUUUUAAAAUUACCCAACUAUAACAAAAAGGAAAUUUUGAGGGAGAAACUCCGUUAUGCGAUCCAAUCAAAUGCUGGUUUCGAACUUUCGUGAUGUUUUUUUUCAAAAAAAUUUUUUACGUCAUGUUCAUGACAUCACUCCGGCUGAUGAAUUUGGUAUGUGAAUGACGUCAUGUUCAUGACAUCACUCCGGCUGAUGAAUUUGGUAUGUGAAUGACGUCAUGUUCAUGACAUCUCCGGCGAUGAAUUUGGUAUGUGAAUGUUACAAUAACAUAUUUAAUGGGAAAUAGUUUGCCUCUUUACUUCUCUGAUCUCUUCUUGAAAAAUACUGUAAAAUACAAACGUUUAGUCAUUGAAAAUUUCGAAAUAUAUAAAAUGUGAUUAUGUCUGUCACAAA